CUCUGUAAAACUAAACUUUUUGUUUACAUUUGCUGCAUUUGCUUGUUUUGUACCCUUUGCGUUGCAAGGAUGCAAGGAUGCAAGCGUUGAAUAGCAACAAUUGCCUAACGUGCCUGCACAAAAUCGAAAACGACAGCGGUGAGGCGACGAAUACAAACGAUGUGCAGCUGCAACGUCUGCUAAUGCAGCUGCUCGACUGGCAGCAAGCCGAACUCGCCUCGGACCAGUUGCCCCAACGCUUGUGCUGCACCUGCUGCCAGCUGCUGCAGCGUUUCGAACAAUUUCAGCAACAGGCACGCAUAUGCCGGCAACAGCUGCUGGACAACCUACAGCAGCAGCAGCAACAAAAGCCGCAACCUGCCGGCUUUGAGAUUAUCUACGAUGAGGAAACUGCGUUGCCAACAUCCGAACAGCUACUGGAGACGCCUCAUCCCGCACCCGACCCGUUUGAUGAUGACACAGGCAAGUCCAAGCGCUGCCCGAGUGCGACGAAGAACAGUUUCAAGUGCAUGCAAUGUGGUCAUUCCUUUGCCCGCCGCCUCACCCAUGAUGCCCACGUGCGCAAGGUGCACGAGGGCAACAAGCGUCCGUUUCAAUGCGAUCGCUGCGACAAGGCUUACAGCUUUAUGGGCGGCCUCUAUACGCACAUCAAGGAGCUGCAUGGCAGCGCGGUGCGGUCGCAUCGCUGCGAUCAUCCCGGCUGCGAGCGUGUCUAUGUCAGUCGCAUUGCGAUGCACAAACACAAACGACUGAAGCAUCAACAGCCAACGCCGGCCUCCACACGGAAGUAUGUGUGCGAACAGUGCGGCGCCACCUUUAAUCAGACAGCGAAUCUGAAGCAUCAUCGUCGCACCAAACAUCCCACAGCGGCGGAGGCAGCAGCCAAUGCCAGCGAUAGCGUUCAAUAUUAUUGUGAUCUGUGCCAGAAACAUUUCCAUUCGCGUUACACCCUCAAAUAUCAUCGGAUGCAACAGCAUACGGACGCAGACGAGGAUCGGCACGAGUGCCGUGUCUGUGGCCGUCGAAUGGCCAAGCGUUUCAUGCUCAUCCAGCACAUGCUGACGCACAGUGCCGAGAAGACGCCCUGUGAGCAUUGCGGCCGUCUCUUCACCCGUAAAUUCGAGCUGGAAUCGCACAUUCGGGCCGUCCACCUCAAGUUGAAGCCAUUCACCUGCAGCUACUGUGACGAAUCGUUUGCGUCGCGCAAAACGUUGCAACAUCACGAGUACAUCCAUACGGGCGAGAAACCCUACGUUUGCCCCAUCUGCGGCCAGGCAUUCCGCCAGCAGACGUGCCUCAAGAACCAUGGCAAAAUCCACGACAAGUCCAAGUGAACAGCAGCCAUUCUUACUUAUAUUUAAAAAUAUAUUAAUUUAAAUAUAUACAGCAA